AUGGCUGAAAACCAAAUGGUUGACAUCAAGGAAGUCGACAUCGCGGCUCUGAUCGCCGCCCUUCGGAGCGCGGUCAGCCCUCUCGAAGUCGAUGCCGAAGAGGUGGCUAGACGCUUAGGCAUGAGCCUAGCUUCUAUUCCCCCAAAGUUCACGCGGAUCCGCAAACAGUACCAUAUCGACAUCAAGGUCGUCAACUCUGGGGCCUUACAGCGCAAUCGACAAAGUACUCCUAAGAAGAGGGUUUCUAGGAAGCAACCCAAACGUGUGAGGACCAGCAAUGCUCCAACCCACUCGGACAAUGAAGCUGGGACGGAGUCAUCGGGGAAGUCGUCUUUGAGAAUACUAUAG